AUCUUUGAAUAUGCCGAUGGCCCAAACGCCCAGGUAAUGAAUGCCGAGGAGCAGGCCUUCCGAUUCUCAGCCAACAUCAUCAACAGAAAUAGGACUUUGUUACCCAACACAACCUUAACCUACGAUAUCCAGAGGAUACACUUCCAUGAUAGCUUUGAAGCCACUAAGAAAGCUUGUGACCAGCUCGCCCUGGGCGUUGUAGCCAUUUUUGGGCCUUCUCAGGGCUCAUGCACCAACGCGGUCCAGUCCAUCUGCAAUGCGCUGGAGGUUCCUCACAUACAGCUGCGGUGGAAGCAUCACCCUUUGGACAAUAAGGACACCUUCUAUGUCAAUCUCUACCCAGAUUAUGCCUCUCUCAGCCAUGCCAUCUUGGACCUCGUACAGUACCUGAAGUGGAGGUCGGCCACUGUUGUAUACGAUGACAGCACAGGCCUUAUCCGGCUACAGGAGUUGAUAAUGGCUCCAUCCAGAUACAACAUCCGUUUGAAAAUCCGCCAGUUGCCCCUGGACACAGAAGAUUCCCGGCCUCUGCUCAAGGAGAUGAAGCGGGGAAGAGAAUUCCGGAUCAUCUUCGACUGCACCCACACAAUGGCUGUGCAUAUCCUCAAGCAGGCCAUGGCGAUGGGGAUGAUGACAGAAUACUACCACUUCAUCUUCACCACACUGGAUCUGUAUGCAAUCGAUCUUGAGCAAUAUCGCUACUCUGGAGUAAACCUGACCGGCUUCCGGAUCUUGAAUGUGGAAAAUCCCCAGGUGUCUGCCAUCAUCGAUAAAUGGUCCAUGGAGAGGUUGCAGACGGUCCCCAGACUGGAGCCUGGAUUGAUGGCAGGGGUCAUGAUGACAGACGCUGCCCUGUUGUAUGACGCCGUCCACAUCGUCUCUGUGUGUUACCAGCGGGCCCCUCAGAUGACGGUCAACUCUCUCCAGUGCCAUCGGCACAAAGCCUGGCGAUUUGGCGGGCGCUUUAUGAAUUUUAUCAAAGAGGCCCAGUGGGAGGGCUUGACGGGGCGAAUUGCCUUCAACAAAACCAGCGGCCUCAGGACGGACUUCGACUUGGACGUCAUCAGCCUCAAGGAAGACGGGCUAGAAAAGGUUGGCGUGUGGAGCCCCUCGGAUGGGCUGAACAUCACUGAAAUCACCCGAAAACAGGGGCCCAACGUGACGGAUUCUCUGACCAACCGAUCUUUGGUGGUCACCACAGUUCUGGAAGAGCCGUUUGUCAUGUUUGCCAAGUCAGACACAGUUCUGUCCGGGAACAGGCGCUUUGAAGGCUACUGCGUGGACCUCCUGGCAGAAGUCUCCCGCAUCCUUGGCUUCUCCUACGAGAUUCGUCUGGUGGAGGAUGGGAAGUACGGAGCCCAGGAUGAGAAGGGCCAGUGGAACGGCAUGAUAAGGGAACUGAUUGACCACAAGGCUGAUCUGGCAGUCGCUCCCCUCACCAUCACCCACGUCCGGGAGAAAGUGAUAGACUUCUCCAAGCCCUUCAUGACCCUGGGAAUCAGCAUUCUCUACCGAAAGGCCAACGGCACCAACCCCAGUGUCUUCUCCUUCCUGAACCCAUUGUCUCCUGACAUUUGGAUGUACAUCCUGCUUGCUUACCUGGGAGUUAGCUGUGUGCUUUUUGUGAUUGCCAGGUUCAGCCCUUAUGAAUGGUAUGAUGCUCAUCCGUGCAACCCUGGGUCAGACAUCGUCGAGAACAACUUCACCCUCCUCAACAGUUUCUGGUUUGGAAUGGGAGCUCUGAUGCAGCAAGGGUCCGAGCUGAUGCCCAAAGCUCUGUCCACUCGGAUCAUUGGGGGGAUCUGGUGGUUUUUCACCCUCAUCAUCAUCUCUUCCUACACGGCAAACUUGGCUGCCUUCUUGACGGUGGAGAGGAUGGAAUCCCCCAUUGGCUCUGCAGACGAUUUGGCCAAGCAGACCAAAAUUGAGUAUGGAGCAGUCAAGGACGGAGCCACCAUGACCUUCUUCAAGAAGUCCAGGAUCUCUACUUUUGAAAAAAUGUGGGCCUUCAUGAGCAGCAAACCCUCAUCUCUGGUGAAGAACAACGAAGAAGGAAUCCAACGUGCCCUGACUUCUGACUAUGCCCUGCUGAUGGAAUCCACCACCAUUGAGUACAUCACCCAACGAAACUGCAACUUGACCCAGAUCGGAGGACUGAUCGAUUCCAAGGGCUAUGGGAUUGGCACGCCCAUGGGUUCUCCAUACCGAGACAAGAUCACCAUCGCCAUCCUCCAGCUUCAGGAAGAGGCAAAGCUGCACGCCAUGAAGGAGAAGUGGUGGCGAAGCAACGGCUGCCCGGAAGAGGAGAGCAAGGAAGCCAGCGCCCUCGGCAUUCAGAACAUCGGGGGGCUCUUCAUCGUCCUGGCUGCUGGACUCAUCCUCUCGGUCUUCGUAGCCACUGUGGAGUUCAUCUACAAGCUGCGUAAGGCAGCCGAGCGGGAGCAGCGGUCCUUCUGCAGCGCCAUGGCUGAGGAGAUCCGGCUGUCCCUCACCUGCCAGCAGCGCACGAAGCACAAAGCCCAGCCUCCCCUCAUGGUGAAGACCGACGCCGUCAUCAACAUGCACACAUUCAACAACCGGCGGCUUCCCAGCAAAGACAACCUGGCCUGUAACACGGGGCUGACCCCUGCCUUCCCCUAG